GGGUGGAUGCUCCGGUCCAGCCAAUCAGAGAGCAGCGGUGAACAGGAGGGCGGGUCAAAGAAGCACGCUUUCCUUUUUUAACUGAACGAAAAUUGUACUGUUGCCCGUUACGCACGUUUCGGUCUAUUCAAACAGAACGGUUGAAAGUCAAAAAGCCAACAUGUCUGACAAGAAGGCGGUGAUAAAGAAUGCUGACAUGCCUGAUGAAAUGCAGCAGGAUGCAGUGGACUGUGCAAUGCAGGCCAUGGAGAAAUACAACAUUGAGAAGGAUAUUGCUGCCUAUGUCAAAAAGGAGUUUGACAAGAAGUAUAACCCCACAUGGCAUUGCAUUGUUGGGAGGAAUUUUGGCAGCUAUGUGACACACGAGACAAAGCAUUUCAUCUACUUCUACCUGGGUCAAGUAGCCAUUCUACUCUUCAAGUCAGGCUGAAACCAAAACCAUGCUGUGCCUAAACUACUUUUAAUUCAGCCCUUAACGCGUAAUACCAUGCUGUAUAUUAGCUGCCACCUUUCUGCAGACAUGGCCCCACCUCUUGUUUUCCUGCCUGCUUCAGCCGGAUUUUGUAAAUCUGCAUCACGACCACAGAUGGUAGAUGGCUCAUUAGUCAUGCCUGGACCGAUGACAUGCCAUUCAUAGAAAACGUGAAUGUUAACUUCUCCCCAUGCCAGCUCUUGGUCAGCAUUUUGCACUUGUAACCAACUCCUUAUGAUUAAUAAUUUCUGAAUAUUCUUUUUGGUGCACUUUGUUGCACAGACUGUGUACAUUUUUUCAUAUAAAUAUGUUGUAUAAUAACUUAUUUUUCAUGUAAUUAAAAAAGCAACAGAGUUUUUGUUAAAUGUCUUUUUAAUUUUCAUUGUUGACUAAGGUGAAUUUAAAAAAUGCCAAGGCUGUUGCUUACACUUAAUAAAGAACAUGACUUGCUGAGAGAUGCCAGGUUUUUGUACGUGUUUGAACAUUCCUGUUUCCACUUUAGAUGUGAAUAACUGAACCGUUACUGUUGCACAUCUCUGGAAUGUAAGCUGGUAUGGGGUUUGGUAUUUUGAUAUUUCAUUAUGUUGAGCACAGAAGACAUUUGACACAGUAAAGUGGUUUAAAAUA